CCUUUAAUUACAAAGCAGAGUUACAGUAUGUAUGGAAAGCAUGAAAAUGAGAAGCCAAUAUUUCGCUGCAUUGAAUGCAAUGAGGAGUGCAAUGAACUGUACAGAGAUUACAAACAUGGAGUACUGAAGAUCACUAUCUGUAAAUCCUGCCAAAAACCAGUGGACAAGUACAUAGAAUAUGACCCAGUCAUUAUCCUGAUCAAUGCCAUGCUGUGCAAAGUACAAGCAUAUAGACACAUUCUGUUUAACACAAAAAUCAAUAUUCAUGGCAAACUUUGUAUAUUUUGUCUGCUCUGCGAAGCCUACACUAGAUGGCGACAGCUGUCUGGAUCCAGCAACCACACAGAUCCUGAGGAUUUUAUUCGAUAUGCAAAAGAAUGGGAUUUCUACAGGCUGUUUGGAAUAGCUGCUUUGGAACAGACAGCCUACCUCAUGGGAAUCUUCAUUGUUCUGUUUCUGGCACUGCUCAAGCCUUUGAAGUCAGGUUCUGACUUUGCUCUUCUACUUAAAGCACUGUUGUUAUCAAGUUAUGGGAAGCUCCUGCUGAUUCCAGCUGUCAUUUGGGAACAUGACUAUACUCCCCUAUGUCUAAGGCUUAUCACUCUCUUUGUGCUGACUUCAAACACCCAGGCUAUCCGAGUGACAUUGAAUGUGAGUCGAGCCCUCUCCCUUGUUGCCAUCACCUGUGGAUUGCUUUUGGAAAAAGCACUUUGCUCCAUUCAGUGGACUCUUUAACACUUUGUGGGUAUCCUGGAAGAUGACAGGAAGGUCAUCUGUUUAAUCAUGUCCCAACAUUCUAAACAAUUAGCCUUCUGGUCUUGGACAACAAUUUUUAUUCAGGGGUACUUUUGAAAAUAGAACCAUAUUGCAUCUUUUACAUGUAUUAUAUGUCUUUCAUGUCCUUCAGUAUAUUUAUAAACAUGUGUUU